UCGAAAAGAAAUUAAUCAUUGUGAUUUUCACCAUUUUCUAACUAGAAGGAAUUUUGGUUAUUUUUAUCUCAUCUAUUCUACAUUCAUUCCAUUACCAUACUGGCUCAGAAAAUCAUUAGAAUUUCGUACAAUGAUACAAUGUUGGAAUGAAAUUGACCACAAUAACCGGAUUCUGUUUACGAUACCGAGAAAAUUUUCUGAAUAUUCUUAUCCACAUUGAUUCUAUUAGAUUAUGGCCGUUUGAUAAUUAGAAAAAAUUUUUCCAAUUAUAAAUACUCAUUCAUCUAUUUGAAUCAAUAUUCACAAUCUUGUCAUUUUUUAUUUGCAUUUUACAUGCAAAUCUUUAAAUUUGGCAUAUUCAUACGUACUAGACAGAUAUGGCAGAUAAUUUGUCGAACAAUUUGUUUUCAAUUUUAUUUCAUAAGUAUGAAUUUAUUCAUCAUUUUCUAUAUGCCAAUAUUUCUUGGCUGCUUCACUUUCAUAUCGUUGAUGAAAAUAUCCAAACAAUUGAUCCGUGAUAUUGAUAAUUGUCUAGCUAUUUAUCAAUCGAACAUUAUCAGAUCUAGAUCUCUGAUUAAAAUUGUACAACAAAAUCGUAUCGAAACACGAUUGAUUUAUUCAUUUUCAUUAUAUACACGUUUAAUUGUAUUGAUUGAAUGCAUACAAAAAUAUGCAUCGAAAUUAAUUCUAUUGGCAUUGAUCACUGGAUUCAUAUCCAGCCAAUUUACAUUGCAUUUAAUCAAUCAAAUGACAAAUGGUCAAUUUUUUUUCCUAAUCAUGUUGUACUAUAUGUUGAUUGUAGAAUAUUCUGUUCUCAUAUUGUUAAUGUUUAUUAUAUCAAAAUUUAAUCAACAAUUGAAUCAAAUCCAGUCAUCAUUGCAAAAAGCCAUUGUAAUGAAUGAUGGUGACAAUGGUACGAUCAAUUUUAAAUUACAGAUAAUGAAUUUUUAUGAAAGAAUCAUCCACCAUAAAACACCAUGGGGUAUGCGUAUUGGGCCAACAGCUGUAUUGACGAAAUUUGUUUUCAUUAAGUUAAUCAUUUUCUAUGGCCGUUUUACAAUGCUUUCCAGCAAAUUGUUUGUAUAAAAUUAUAAUGAUGAAAAAAAAUUAAAUAAAAAAAAUUUUGAUCACA